CGAGAACCAAUACAGGGUCAAAGUUAAUUCUCCUCCGCGCCACAUGAUUUUCGUGUCUUUCAUCUUUCCUGCUCCUUUUUUCCGACCAACCUGUCUCCGAACAAAAUCGCAAUAUUCUCCUUCUCCUUCUCUCCUCUUUCUCUCUCUAAAAUUUGGAUGUCCGAAUUUUUCUAUUCAUGACUACUGGUUUUCUGACCAUUUCUCUUCUGCCUCCGCCGAAGCUCCGCUUCGGCCAUGGCGCUAACUCCAAUAGCGAUCGUUUUGGCUUCAGGCCUCUUCUCCCGCAAAGACGUCGUAUCCCCAAGGCGCUCCCUCUCAAUGGACGGCGAUAUCUUCUCCCGUCAAAGUCGAAUCCCAGCUUCGUCCCCUCCAGCUCUCUCCAGACGAAGACAUCUACUCAGGAAUCGGCCUCCGAACAGGAAUCGCGCGGAGGAGAGUCCUCGAUUCUGCUCGACGUGUCCGGGAUGAUGUGCGGUGGAUGCGUCUCCCGAGUCAGAUCGGUGCUCUCCUCCGACGAGCGAAUCGAAUCGGCGGCGGUCAACAUGUUGACCGAGACGGCGGCGAUCAAGCUGAAGCCGGAGGUGGCGGCGGAGGCGGGAUUCUCGGCCGCGAAUGUGGCGGACAGCUUGGCCCGGAGGUUGACGGAGUGCGGAUUCUCGUCGAAGAGGAGGGUUUCCGGAGCUGGAGUGGCUGAGAAUGUGAGGAAGUGGAAGGAGAUGCAGAAGAAGAAGGAAGAACUUCUCGUGAGAAGUCGGAAUCGCGUGGCCUUUGCUUGGACUUUGGUGGCCUUGUGCUGUGGAUCGCACGCUUCACAUCUUUUGCAUUCCUUCGGAAUUCAUGUUGCUCAUGGAUCGUUUUUCGAGGUACUUCACAAUUCGUAUCUGAAGGGUGGUCUGGCUUUGAGCGCUUUGCUGGGACCAGGACGAGACCUGCUUUUUGAUGGUCUUAGGGCAUUAAGGAAGGGUUCCCCUAACAUGAAUUCACUCGUCGGAUUUGGAUCUUUAGCUGCAUUUGCCAUUAGUGCGGUCUCGCUCCUUAACCCUGAGCUUCAGUGGGAUGCUUCAUUUUUUGAUGAACCGGUCAUGCUUCUUGGUUUUGUGCUCCUAGGACGUUCUCUGGAAGAGAGGGCAAGGCUCAGAGCUUCUAGUGAUAUGAAUGAACUUUUGUCACUCAUAUCCACUCGGUCAAGGCUUGUGAUUACUUCCUCAGAAAGUGAAUCCUCAACCAAAAAUGUGCUUUGCUCUGACUCUGUAUGUGUAGAGGUCCUAACUGAUGACAUUCGAGUUGGGGACUCAGUGUUGGUUUUGCCUGGGGAGACCAUACCUGUAGAUGGAAAAGUUCUUGCAGGAAGAAGUGUUGUGGAUGAAUCCAUGCUCACAGGAGAAUCACUUCCCGUGUUCAAGGAAGAAGGUCUUUCUGUAUCAGCUGGAACAAUUAACUGGGAUGGUCCUUUAAGGAUUGAAGCAACUUCAACUGGAACUAAUUCAACAAUAGCCAAGAUUGUCCGUAUGGUUGAAGAUGCUCAAGGCCAUGAAGCACCCAUACAGAGGCUGGCUGAUAAAAUAGCUGGGCCAUUUGUUUACAGCGUAAUGACUUUGUCAGCUGCAACAUUUGCAUUUUGGUACUAUAUUGGAUCUAACGCAUUCCCAGAUGUUUUACUCAAUAAUAUUGCCGGACCAGAUGGUGAUCCGUUACUUUUGAGCUUGAAACUUGCUGUGGAUGUCUUGGUAGUUUCCUGCCCCUGUGCCCUAGGUCUUGCCACACCCACAGCUAUCUUGGUUGGAACCUCUCUUGGAGCAAGACAAGGACUUCUUAUUCGAGGAGGAGAUGUAUUGGAACGCUUGGCCGGCAUAGACUAUAUCGCUUUAGACAAGACGGGAACUCUCACUGAAGGAAAACCUGCUGUUUCUUCUAUUGCUUCUUUUGUUUAUGAAGACUCCGAAAUUCUUCGAAUUGCGGCUGCUGUAGAAAAUACAGCUUCACAUCCAAUCGCAAAGGCUAUCACAAAUAAGGCUGAAUCAUUGGGUUUGAGCACCCCAGUCACAACAGGGCAAUUGGUAGAACCAGGUUUUGGAACGUUAGCCGAAGUAGAUGGGUGUUUGGUUGCGGUUGGAUCCUUAGAGUGGGUUCGUGACCGAUUCCAAACCAGAACAAAUACGUCUGACAUUAUGAAUCUAGAACAUGCAAUUCACCAAUCAUCCAUAGGAGUAGCAUAUUCCAAUUACUCAAAAACAAUUGUUUACGUUGGACGUGAAGGUGAAGGCAUUAUCGGUGCUAUUGCAGUAUCUGACAGUUUGCGCCAUGAUGCUAAAUUUACUCUUAACAGGCUCCAGCAGAAGGGUAUCAAAACUGUCCUCUUAUCGGGAGACAGGGAAGAGGCAGUUGCAAGCGUAGCAGAGGUAGUUGGUAUAGGAAAGGAAUCAAUCAAAUCUUCAUUAGCUCCACAGAAGAAAUCAGAAGUUAUCUCUUCCCUUAAAGCUGGGGGAUAUCACAUUGCAAUGGUAGGUGAUGGCAUAAAUGAUGCACCAUCUCUUGCUCUUGCCGAUGUCGGUAUUGCUCUGCGUAUUGAAGCCCAAGAAAAUGCCGCAUCCAACGCCGCGUCCAUUAUACUCCUUGGAAACAAAUUAUCACAAGUUGUAGAUGCUUUGGAACUUGCACAGGCAACAAUGUCAAAAGUGUACCAAAAUUUAGCAUGGGCAAUUGCAUACAACGUAGUCACCAUUCCAAUAGCUGCAGGAGCACUGCUUCCAAAAUUCGAUUUUGCGAUGACACCAUCACUCUCAGGUGGGUUGAUGGCUUUAAGCUCGAUAUUUGUAGUUACAAAUUCGUUGCUUCUACAGCUCCAUGGGUCUGACAAGAGGAGUUAGUUUUGCCUACACAUAGCAGAGAUGUGUUUGUUCAAACCAAAUUAAGAAAUAAUGGAGUACUUCGGAUUAUAGCCACGUUGGCGUUUAGCUGAAGAGGAAUAGAGAUAUGAAUAAUGAGGUUUGGGAAUCGUUAUCGCUUUCCACGGAAUUUUUUGUAAAUAUGGAAUAACUGUAUGAUGAUAUGAUAAUAAAUAUUUUAAUUUAUUUGAGUGGAAAACUGAUAUUGAGAUUUGGACCAGAAAAAAAAAAUUAAUAAUAAA